AUGGUGACCAAGGGAGGUCCCGAUGGCGCCGGAAAGGGAGGUGCCGUCACCGUGACGGCCCUCGAGAAGGACCCGAUCAUGGAGUUAUCCUUCAAACAUUGGCACCCAUCUACCACGGCCGACCACACCCCGUUCGACUCGGCGCUGGUCGUCGACAUCUACGAGAAGCACAUCAAGGGCUCCGGCUUUAGCCCGAGGAAGAUUGUCAUUUUGGAGUUGAGCCAAUAUCUGGAGCGCUACCUGUGGGCCAACUACACGCCGGAGCGCGCUUCAAAUGCCCACAUCCUCUCCAUUGUGAUUAUGAUGAAUGAGAAGUUCCGGGAGCGCAUUUCCGCCUGGGAGUGCUUCACUCUGUCUCCGACGCAUUUUGUCGACUUCAUGUCCCGCGUCUGUGCGUUGACCCUCGAUGAAUCGCCGAGCAGCACCGAGCAGUGCCAACUACUACGCUUCCUUGUCAACGCCUUCAAUUCGGUGGAGGUCGACAUUGUCCGCGAACACGUCGGCAAGCUUACCCAUCUGGCAAUUUGGGAGAAUUUACUGCCGGAACAACGCGCCGACUACUUCAAGAAAAACAAGAAGCUCAAGAAAUACUACACAGUACUAGAGCGGCAAAUGAAAGAGAACGCGCCAAGCAUCCCGACCAAAUUCGAGCGCGAAUACCUCUGGAAAUUGAUCCAGCGUUUCGUCAAGACACUUCAAUCGGUUGAUGAUGACACGAAGGAAGUCGACAUUGCCGAAAUUCACUAUUGUGAGCGCUUCGUCGAGCUGCUGAUCGAUCUCGAAGCGCUGCUGCCGACAAGACGCUUCUUCAACGCUCUGCUCCAUUCCUCGCACGUGCUGGUUCACUGCGUCACGUCAAAGUUGAUUGAGACGGAAGCCGGCUCGCUGUUUUGCCAGCUCGUCACCAUGCUCAAAUUCUAUGCCCGGUUCGAAAUUGACGAGAUCACUGGACAACAACUUUCCCAGACAGAGGUGAUCGACCGGCACUACGACUACGUGGUGGCCCUGCAAAAGGCGGCGUUUAUUUACUUCAAGGAGAGCAUGUCCGACUUUUACCUGAUGAACAUCAGCUCGGUCGACACGCGCAAGGCACUCAGCGUUGUUUUUGAGCGGAUGAGCACCGAAGAGCUCUACCGUUUCGCCGACUACCUCCACCUGGUGCCGCACAUUGAGGCCGAGGACAAGGAAAACGCUAGCAAGCCUAACAUGGACAAAGCGUUUCUGGCUGAGGCCAUUACACUGCACUGCGAGCGGCGUCAAAACCAGCUGCAGCAGCUCAACGAGCAGCCACUGUUCCCCACCGAGGCCGUGUUGUGGAACGAGAAUCUCGUCCCGUACGAGCAUUUCUCGGGAGAAGGGGUGCUGGCGCUGAACAAGCUGAAUCUGCAAUUCCUCACGCUGCACGACUACCUGUUGCGCAACUUUAACCUGUUUCAGUUGGAGAGCACUUACGAAAUCCGCCAAGACCUCGAAGAUGUGCUGUUCCGGAUGAAGCCGUGGAGGCAUGAGUCGAAAGACGACGUCGUGUGGGGUGGAUGGGCCCGAAUGGCGUUGCCGCUGACGGAUAUGAAGAUUGUGGAGGUGAACAAGCCGAACGUCAGCGACAAGGCUCCAGCCCGCGUCCGCGCCGAGUUCACCGUCAACAUCGGCAAGCGGCACGACAUCCGGAACGAGUGGGAGGGACUCCGAAAGCACGACGUCGUUCUGCUGAUCUGCUGCCGCCCCAACGAGCCGGUCGGCACGAAAUACGACGUGCGCAGGCCGUUCAAAGAUCAGAUUGACGUCACCUACGUACGUGGUGGUGAGGUUGAGGGUAUGCUGGACGAUCAGGGGCAACUUAUUGAGGAGUACACAUCCUACGAACGAAAGCCGAAGAUCAAGGGCGAGUUCCGGCGCUACCGCAUCCUGCUCGACCCCAACCAGUACCGCGCUGACAUGGAGAAGACGGCGUUGCACGGGCAUGAGGACGUCUACUACACGUUCAAUCUAGUGGUGCGACGAGACCCGAAAACGAACAAUUUCAAGGCCGUUCUCCAAACGAUCCGCCAACUGCUCAACACCGAUUGUGUCGUGCCCGACUGGCUCCACGAUAACAUCCUCGGCUAUGGCGAUCCCGACUCGGCGCACUAUUCAAAAAUGGCUACCACGAUCCCCUCGUCCGACUUCAACGACACGUUCCUGUCGUAUGAACACUUGCGCGAGUCGUUCCCUGGCUACGAGAUAAAGCCGACAACAGAGGACAAGGCGCUGCUCAAGCCGCCCUUCAAGCUGACGUUCCGCGAUCUCGAUCGACGCCAAAAUGUUGACCAUAGCAAGACGGUCGAUGUCGAGCCAAUCAAACGAAUUUCCCGGACGCCUUAUCCGCUGAAUGUUCGCCAAAACGCGAUCAAAUUCACGCCCACGCAGAUUGAAGCGAUCAAGUCGGGUAUGCAGCCCGGUUUGACGAUGGUGGUCGGCCCGCCCGGAACCGGCAAAACCGACGUCGCCGUGCAGAUCAUCUCCAACAUCUAUCACAAUUGGCCCAAUCAGCGGACCCUUAUCGUCACCCACUCCAAUCAGGCGCUGAACCAGCUGUUCGAGAAGAUCAUCGCCCUCGACAUUGACGAACGCCAUCUGCUGCGUAUGGGUCACGGCGAGGAAGGGCUCGAGACCGAGAAGGACUUUUCGCGCUACGGACGUGUCAACUAUGUGCUCAAGGAGCGCAUCCGACUUCUUGGCGAGGUCGAGCGCCUAGCAAAGAGCAUCGGCCAUCCUGGGGACGUUGGCUACACUUGUGAGAAUGCCGGCAAUUUCUAUAAUUACGUGAUCUGCCUGCGAUGGAGCGAGUUCAAGAAGACGAUCGCUAAAGACCCGAAGAACCCGCUGGCCGUCCGCAACCAUUUCCCCUUCAACAAAUUCUUCGAGGACAUCGACUCGCUUUUCUCGGGCACCGCACACGACGAAGAAGUGGCCGAGUCUUGCUGGAAGCACAUCAGCCACAUCUUCAAGCAGCUCGCCGAGUUCCAGGCCUUUGAGAUGUUGCGCAACGGGCGGGAUCGCACAGAGUAUUUGCUGAUCAAGGAAGCAAAGAUCAUUGCCAUGACGUGUACCCACGCGGCCCUGCGCAGAGAAUACCUCGUUGAACUCGGCUUCAGGUACGACAACAUCUUGAUGGAAGAAUCGGCGCAGAUCCUCGAGGUCGAGACGUUCAUCCCGCUGCUCUUGCAGGACCCGGAUCAGGGCCGAAAUCGGCUGAAGCGCUGGAUCAUGAUCGGGGACCACCACCAACUGCCGCCCGUCGUCCAGAACCAGGCCUUCCAAAAGUACUCGAAUAUGGAGCAGAGUCUAUUCGCCCGCUUCGUACGACUUGGCGUGCCCACGGUGCUGCUGGAUCGACAGGGACGUGCCCGCUCGGAAAUCUCGGCCCUCUACUCGUGGCGCUACAAGGGACUCGGAAAUCUUCCGCACGUCGAAGCCCUGCCCGCGUUCCAGGCGGCCAACGCCGGCUUCGUCUUCCCGUUCCAGCUCGUCGACGUCGGCAAUUUCCAAGGGAAGGGAGAAUCGACGCCCAGCCCCUACUUCUAUCAGAACCUUGGCGAGGCCGAAUACGCAGUGGCCAUCUACACGUACAUGCGCGUGCUCGGGUACCCGGCAUCCAAGAUCUCCAUCAUUACAACGUACAACGGUCAGGCCCAACUCUUGCGCGACAUCGUGGAACGGCGCUGCAUCGCGAAUCCGCUGAUUGGUGCCCCGGCUAGGAUCUCGACCGUCGACAAGUACCAGGGUCAACAGAAUGACUUCAUCAUCCUCUCGCUCGUCAGGACGGCCAAUAUUGGACAUAUCCGUGACGUGCGUCGUCUCGUCGUGGCGCUGUCGCGUGCCCGUCUCGGGAUGAUCGUGCUGGGCCGAGCGUCGCUGUUCCGCAACUGCUACGAGCUGACGCCGGCUUUCACACAGCUAUGCGCUCGACCUCUGAAACUCCAACUGGUGCCCAGCGAGACGUAUCCGGCCACCAGAAAGGUCAGCGAGCCGCCGAAGAAGGAGGACGUCGUCCAGAUCGAGAACACGGAGCAGAUGUGCCACUUUGUGCAUCAGUUCUACUCGGCCAACAUGGAGCACCUCAUGGCCGAAUACGAGGCUAACAUGGCGGCCAUGCGCGAGGCGCGCAAGGCCACGCUCCCGCCCGAGCACGACCUCGACGGCGACGAGCCGGUGGAGACGGAGGAACAGAAGAAGCGCCGUGAGGCCAUCGAGGCCAAAAAGAAGGAGGAGGAGGACAAGAAACGGGCCGCCGAGACCGAGCACGACAUCCAGUUCGAGUCGAUGGACUUUGAACGGCUCGAAGAAAUCCCUAAAAUA